AUGCAAGGCUUCAACAGGUCCACUGUGGUUACACAGUUCAUCCUGGUGGGCUUCUCUAGUCUGGGGGACCUCCAGCUGCUGCUGUUCGCCAUCUUCCUUCUCCUGUACUUGACAAUCCUGCUAGCCAAUGCCACCAUCAUGGCUGUCAUCCGCUGCUGCAGGACUCUGCACACUCCCAUGUACGGUUUCCUCUUCAUCCUUUCCUUUUCGGAAUCCUGCUACACUCUUGUCAUCGUCCCUCAGCUGCUGGCCCACCUGCUCUCAGCCACCAAGAGCGUCUCCUUUGUUGCCUGUACCACACAGCUCUUCUUUUUCCUUGGCUUUGCCUGCACCAAUUGCUUUCUCAUUGCUGUGAUGGGGUAUGAUCGCUAUGCGGCAAUUUGCCACCCUCUGAGGUACACGCUCGUCAUGAACAAAAGGCUAGGCUUGGGGCUGGUUUCCCUGUCUGGAGUCACGGGCUUCUUCAUUGCUUUGGUGGCCACCAAACUCAUCUGUGACAUGCCUUUCUGUGGUCCCAACAGAGUCAACCACUAUUUCUGUGACAUGGCACCCGUCAUUAAGUUGGCCUGUGAGGACACCCAUGUGAAAGAACUGGUUCUAUUUAGCCUCAGCAUCCUGGUGAUCAUGGUGCCUUUCCUGCUAAUCCUUAUCUCCUAUGGCUUCAUCGUCAACACCAUCCUUAAGAUCCCCUCGGCUGAGGGAAAAAGGAAGGCCUUUGCCACAUGUGUCUCCCACCUCACGGUGGUCUUCGUGCACUACGGCUGUGCCUCCAUCAUCUACCUGAGGCCCAAAUCCAAGUCCGCCUCAGACAAGGAUCAGUUGGUGGCAGUGACCUACACUGUGGUCACUCCCCUGCUCAAUCCUCUGGUCUACAGUCUGAGGAACCAGGAGGUGAAGUCAGCCCUGAAAAGAGUUCUGGGAAAGCCCUGUAACAACCAAGGUGAUCUAACAAAAAACCCUAAAAGUAAUGAGGGAAGUUACAAGAGAGGUCAAAGGCGGGAUGCUUUCUCUGUCUUUUUACCAAUCCAGUCCUGA